AUGGAGACGGGUACAAGACAGACGUCGACGGCGGCAGAUGAGCAGCAGACGCCGUCGUCGACCGAUUCGAGGAUGGCGUUGAGCCCUGGCUCACCGGGCAUGCGUGAUUCUCCGCAGCCACGCAACCAAAGGGCAUGUGAUUCGUGUCGGUCGAGAAAGGUCAAGUGCCGCUUCAGCGAUGGAGCCACGGUGUGCUUUGUGUGCGCCAGCCUCGAGAUUCCCUGCACGUUUGACAGGCCGAGGAGGAAGCGCGGCCCCCCGAACAAACAUGCGGAGGCAAUCCGCAGCGCGAUGGCGUCUCAAAACGCCAGUUCAGGCGAGCAGAGCUCACCGUCCGAGCUGCGCACAGUGGUGCUCGCCGAGCGACCGGCCUCUUCGUCGGCCAGCAGCAGUGGCCCCUGGCUGGACAAGUUUGCGCCGAUGGCGACGAUCGACCAGCUGCUGGAUGAGUGGUUCCAGCACAUCUACCCGGUGUCGCCGCUGCUGCACCGGCAGCGGUUUAUGCACCGCUUACGCCGUGGCGAUGCUGACAGCGACCGGUUCUUCUGUGGGCUCGUCAUCAGCGUGUGCGGCGCGACGGUGUCGACGCUGCGGCGGUCGAGCGCCCAGCCAGUGACGAUCCAAGACUGCGUCGCGUUUGUGCACCGCCACGGGCUGCUGCGGCGGGAUCUGUUGGAGCCGGAAUACCGGCUGGACUGGUGCAUCGCCAUGUACAACCUGGGCAGUGCGUAUGCGUCGACGGCGGCUAUAGACGACGCGGCGGCCUACCACAUGGGCUGCGAGGCCGUGGCGGGUGUGCGAUUCCUGGCUUUCUACCGGCUCGAUGAGAUGAUUAUGCUGGAGCAGCAGCAGCUUAAGCGGCUCUUUCUGCUACUGCUGGCGUGGUCCUGCUCGGCCGACCUCUUUGGUCGGGUGUCGCUGCCCAUGUUCCUGUGUGAUGAGCCUUUCCAAAAGCUGGUGCCGCUGGCACUGUCGGACGAGCAGCUGGACCCUGACAUGGCUGGUGUGGCGCCAUUGUGUGCCGAUAAUCCGCGGUGGCACGGCGACCGGGUGUCGUAUGUUCCCGGCCUGUUGGCCCUCAGUGAGCUCUUCCUGGUGUGGCGCGACGCACAGCGACGGCGGCCAGUGCCGGUGGGCGAGCGAGAGGCACAGUUGAAGCAGCAUCUGGCUGCCAUCGAGAAGAUUAUUAGUCAGCUGCCGGUAGAAUUGCAAUGGCGCAGCGGGUUGCCACGGCCGGCACACGUGACCGCGGGCCACGAUGUGCAGGUGGCCAACAUUUUUGUGACUCGCCUGCAUCUGCGGUCGAACCUGCUGCAGACGUUUGGCGUGGUGGAUGGGCUCGAGUACGGCCUUAUUAUGGAUAGCAUGCUCGAGAUCCUCGACCACAUGCCCAACAUCGUCUUUGAAUCCAACGGCAGCAGCAUUGUGCCCAAGAUCCGCGAUGUCGGCGCUGCUUACCUUCAGCAUCUGCAGGUCUGCCAAAACAGCAGCACGGACGCCUGCCCUGGCGAUGUUGUGGCAAGCGAAAAGUUCAACCGGCUGCUGCUUAAGCUCAAAGACCUCGACCUCUGGCCCGGCAUGACGCUGCCGUCAAAUACACCCAGGCCGGCCGGCGGCAGCGUUGCCUGA